GCAUGAUUUAAGCCGAGCAGCGAGGCGAGAAGCUCACUCACAGCUCCGGGUACACAGGACGAGGCCGCGGAGGUUACAGAGAGGUCGCACUGAACUUGUUGACAGUCUCCACGCUACCCGAGCCUCACUUCGUCAUGGUUUCGUCGACGAGUCUUCUGCUGCUGCUGGUGGGAGUCAUGGGUGCCGUGACUGCCGCCCCCCAGCAUGCCCCCCAGCACGCCCCCCGCGCCACCCUGGGGGACGUUCGCUUCCUGCUGUGGACCAGGUCUAACUCCGGGGACGAGGACUACCAGGUGGUGAAGGAAGGGGACCUCACCAGUCUGGGUCCCUUCAACGGCGCUGACCCCACCGUGGUGCUCGUGCACGGCUUCUCCGCCCGCGGGGACCAUGGCUGGCCGCUGGACGGAAAGACGGAGCUGCUGGCGCACGGCUCCUACAACGUCAUCUCAGUGGAGUGGAGCAAGCUGGCGGCGGCGCCCUGGUACCCCACGGCCGUCGACUUUGUGCCGCAGGUCGGGGCCCUCACGGCAAGUCUCCUGGACUGGCUGCACGAGGCGGCGGGCAUGGACGCCUCCGGGGUGCAGGCUGUUGGCCACUCCCUCGGGGCUCACCUCGCGGGAGCCAUCGGACAGAACCUGAAGACCUUCCGCCUUCCCUUCCUCACGGGCAUGGACCCGGCUGGCCCAGAGUUCCACCAUCAGUCGGAGUCGGGUCGAAUUGACAAAUCAGACGCAGAGUUUGUGCAGAUAAUCCACAGCAACGGCGGCGGCAUUCUGGAGGGCUGCGUGGGGAUGGAGGAAGCUAGCGGUCACGUGGACUUCUACCCCAACGGAGGCGAGCACCAGCCGGGCUGCACCAUUGGCGGGGACUGGAUGGACCUGCUGGUCGGCGGGUGCAGCCACGGCAAGUGUUACAAGUACUGGAUGGAGAGCAUCAGAGGGCAGCUUCCCUUCGUGUCACGGCCUUGCCAGGACUGGGAAACCUACACCAGUGACGGCUGCAACACCUGUGGCCAGGGAUGCCUCGAGAUGGGCUUCCACGUGAACCGCAGCCUGGAGGGGCAGUACUUCCUCGCCACCAACAGGCAGGAGCCGUACGCUCAGGGUGGUGCUGUCCGCGCCCUGUAACACCAGAGUCACGGAGCAGCGAAGGAAGACAAAAUAUUGAUACGUGUUCGUCGCAGUCCUUGUCUAUUAACCUCAGUGUUUGACGCGCCGCCGCGCUGCAUUGGUGCACGCAGACCUCUCGUCACCGUGAUGCUUUUGUAACUACAUGUGGGGACAAGAGGAGUACAUAAUAAAACAACCUGCAGGAGUGGGCAGAAGCACCUCAGACUCAACACAGCGUGUCUUCCCUGUCAACAAAAGAGAUAAAGCUAUAGUCAGCCUGUGGGAGUCCGAAGGUAUUUUCUAUCACUGUGCUCCUUCCUUCUGAGAGACAAAGGGAGGACAGACACAACCUGGACCAUCACAGCUGAGCCAACACAACACACCUCGCGCCAACACGGUGUCCUGCAGUCUACAUGAGGAAACAAUACCCCUUUAAUGGCGCCCCGCUGAGCCACCCCAACCCGCCCUUCAACAACAACAACAACAACAACAGGAGCAGCGGGAAGCUUGGGAUAAAGACUCCUUGGAUGGCUCUUUGAAUUCUCCCUCCAGCCAAGGGAAUGAGAGGAGUGAAACAACCUUCGGCCACUCCGGCGAAGGACAGUUACAUCUCGUGGCAGCACAUCCAUCGACGCUUAGCAGUAUCAUCAUCAUCAUCAGCAACAACAACAACAACAACAACAACAUCAACAGCAGCAGCAUCUUCCAUGAGGGUGCUCGUGCGAGGCCUUGCUCAGCGCAGCGGCAAAUUUAUAGACUUUGAUUAAGUUUAGUUAAGUCUGACGCAACAGUUAUAGAAACAAAUAAAAAAUAAUGCAAGGGAACUAA